UUUUAAAUUGCAGACCAAUUAGAUUAAUGGUUGAAAACUUUUUCUAUAAAGUUACACGUAAACUUUAAUCGAACAAAAGGAUAACCUUUUGAAUAUUUAUAGAUCUUUCUUUGUCUUAUUCAGUUCGAUUGGCAAAUGGUAUGAAGUAUUGUCUAGCAAUGGGAACAACCAAAGCUAUGAAAAAAUUUGGCGUUUACCCUCUGCCAAUUGUAAUCCCCGGUUGCGAGCAUUACGUAUUAUUCAGCGACGAAUAUCUUGGUUGCGUGGUUAAAGCGUAUCCAUUUUCAAUAUUUCAUUACGUUGGGACAAACAAAAUGGGAGCUUACGACGAUUCCAGCACCGUUGUAGAUCCAACACUCAAAGUGAAAGGAGUGAAAGGGCUUAGAGUAGCGGAUGCUUUUAUUAUACCAUCCAUGCCUACAGGACACACAAAUUUUCCGACAAUGAUAAUUGGCGAAAGAGCAGCUGCCAUGAUAUUACACGAACUUCACGACAAGGGACAUAAAUAAAAGUUCCUGAAUGGCUUCACUUUUUGUAUUGACGUCUUGUAUUGUACUCUACGUGAUAUUUAGA